AUUUUCAAAUUUAAACUUCGUCCAUCGUCCUCUCUAGUGUCUAUGCAACGGUCGCAUUUUCAUCGGCUUAAAUCCCAUAACACGAAGCAUUUCCGCAAAGCCAAGAGCUCAAUCUCCUUGUGUAUUGUAGCUCUUUAGAAGCAGGCGAAAAAGCAUCAAUGGCGGUCUCCGAGCAGCACGUUCUUCAAGGUAAAGAUGAAGAAGAGGAAUACUCUGAAUACGAAGGAUCCGACCCCGAUGAAGAUUUUUCUGACGACUCGGAAGAUGACCCAACAUUUGACAUUCUUGAGGAAACCCUCGCUCCGCCUUCAGAUCUCUCAAUCAAGAAGAAGACGAAGUCUCGUGCGCCUAAGGGCAUAGAUUUGGGUGGUGGCGAAGGCUCAGGUGAAGUGGAAGUAAUAGGGCUUGAUCUUGAUGAGAAAGAUGAGAAAACUUUUGAGAAAGUUGAAAAAUCCAUUGAAGCUGGUCUGUUGGAGAAACUUAAAGUUGAUGAAUGCAAGAUUUAUCUAAGGAAGCAUGGUUUGAGGCUGACAGGAAACAAAGAUACUCUCAUCCAGCGCAUUAGGGAGCAUCUAGAUAUCGUAAAUGGUGGUGGAGAGAACAAGUACCCAGUGUCCAGCUUUGUAUUGAACUGUAAAGGUGAUUCUUGCACAGGAGAUGUUGUUAUGUUUGAACAGAAUGUUUAUGAAAUGUUCAGUAUAGCAUCCCGGAGUGCCACAGGUCCUCCCUGCGGUACAAGGAUUAUUGCAGGCCGCAUUGUUAAAGAUAGUUAUGGUGCUGCCAAGCAACAGCAUACAUUCACGAUAGAAGUCCUCUGGAGCAAAGGGGAGAAGCCCCUCCCACCUCUUCAUCCCCUCCUCAUCAAAGGAAGAAACCUUUAUAGGUUGAAGACAAUGAGGCAGAAGUGGGAAGAUGAAGGGGAGAGGCAGAAAGUGUUGCUAGAAAAGCAUUCCAGGGGUACUUCUGCUCGGGCAAACAGAGAAGCACGUAUACAGGAAAAGGAAACCAGGAAGAAGCUCCAGGCAAAUGGGGCGGCCAGAAAGAUCGAGUCCGAAUCUAGUCAGAGCAGGUCAAAUCCAACAAAGCCAGCCAUGCCAGUUGUUCCGGGGAAACCUACAAUUCAACAGCAGCAGCAGCAGCAGAAGCAGCUCCAAGGAGCUCAACAGCAGCAGCCACAGAAUCAACUCCAAACAGCACAACAACAUCAGAAUCAUCAGGUUCAACAGUACCAAAAGGUUCUGUUGUGUCAAAAAGAAAAUGUGUCAUCAGGGAGGCAGCCAUUGGCAAACAAGAACCAUUAUAGGACAUCCCAGAGACAAGGUCAUUAUCCUCCCUCGAGUCAAGUUUACAAGCAUCCAUUAAUAAACACGAAUCAUUGUCCAUUGCUUAGCACAUCCCAGGGACGAGGUCAUUUCCCUCCACCGAGUUGGACUGCCCUGCAAUCAGUAGGAAGGGUUUACAACAAGCAUAGUAGUCCAUCUCGUGGGUGGGGCAGCUACAAACAACAGCAAAAGCAGCAGCAGCCGUGUCGGUACUAUGCUAAAGGAAGAUGCUACUAUGGCGAAAACUGCAAGUAUUUGCACGAGUUCAGAGCAGAAUAUGGUCAAGGAACGGAACCAAGGUUGCAGUAUUAGGCAUUUCAACAAUCUCCAGUUGUAAUCUGACGAUGCCUUUCCCCCACUUUGACUAAGAAUUUUGUUAAUCAUGUUCUUGUUGUGCCCAUUUCCAAUUUUAUGCAACAACUCAAACUCAGUUGAG